ACGAGCCUUAAAACCUUAUUCCAAUCACGACUGUUAGAUGAAAAACUAAUCUACGUGAUAAACGGAUGGAAUUUGGAAACUGUGGGAGCUCUUCACUCUGCAGGUCCACGUACGAGAGGGCGGGUCACCACAAAUAGCUGUCAGUUUCACUGAACAAACACCUGUACUGCAUGAUGUUGCAAGGAGAAGAAUCGAUCAUCGUUUGACAGUAGAUCUUUCUUCAUUAGCAUGAGCUAAUCAUCUCAAAAAGCUUACAUUUGUUGCAGUCUGCAUUUUCCAUGCAUUGACAUGGAAAUAUGAGUUUAUAUCGAGAAUUUGUAGUCUUUAAAUGACUAAGCGAUUUGAAAGUGGAGAUAAGCUGAUACAAUACACAAACAACGGAUCGAGUGGGCGUAUCAAUGAAGUGGAGGUUUUGGACAAAACAAGUUGCACAUUGCCACAGAGAUGGGGAGGGAGGUGUUAUUAUAUGUUCCUAAUAUUAUUGGCUACAUCAGACUUGCUUUGGUGCUCACAUCAUCGUUUUUGACCUCACAGCCAUUAUAUUUCAUCUCUGUCUACAGCCUAGCAGCACUUCUUGAUGGUGUUGAUGGAUUAGCUGCCAGAAAACUGAACCAGAUCUCCGUUUUUGGGGCAUGGUUUGAUGUGGUGAUAGAUCUAAUCUCCAGAGGCAUGGUCUGGUCUGCAGUAUACAAUCAAUGGGGUUAUUAUGUGAUAGCAGUGGAAUGGAUGACAUUCAUCAGCACCCACUCACGAGGCCCAAACUGGAAGUCUUCAUUUGACGAAGCACCGUGGUUUGCAAGGAUGGUUAUGGCAAAAGGAUUCAAAACCCCAAUGGGCAUUGUGGCCAUAGGUAGUUUGCAUAUUUUGCCUAUCUGGCUGUAUGCGUACCAGUGUAGUUUUCUGACAGAGAGUCUUGAUAUGCCGCUCUGGGGACAGUUAGGGGUGAUGGCGGGCUUGGUGAUGGGAAGGGUACUGUGCCUGGCCGUGGAGAUCUACUGCCUCACAGAUUACAUCUGUUUCCUGUUAAAUCAACAUUCCCCCAAUAGAUAAUGCUUGACAGACUCCUAAACACAUGAGUAUCUGUACCAUAACGGGUGUGGUGACAGCUUGAUAUUAUUCAGUGGUUAUCUCGUAAUUUUGUCAGCAUUUUACACAUUCCUUUAUAUUUUCAGUUUUUUAAAUAAGAUAUUUAAUUGGCCUACCAUGAGACUUUUUACUGUUUUUGUUAUUCGGAAUGAACUCCCUUAA